UUUGUUUUUCUCAAGUGUUUUUUCUCUUAAGUUGAAUUCUUGUACUUCUGUCUUCUUCUUCAUUAAAAAACCGGACACUCUUUCUUCUAUUUAUCUCAACACCUAUACAUAUUGGUAAUGGUGGGAUUUUAUUUUUUGUUUUUAAAUUAAAGGUUUGAAGGUGUGGGGAAGAGGGAGGGACAGCGUUUGAGCAGUUUUUGAAAGUGACUGAAUAUGCAAAAUACCUAUCCUUUUUGUUCCUUCUUUCUAUAGACUUUGGGUUCUAUUUUUGACGCGUUGCUUUUCUAUAAGGACUAUUGGACUUUCUUCAUUCUAUUGAUUGAAAAGCUCCAAUUUUUAAAAGUCUAUCUUUUUGUCCUUCCUUCUUUUCUUUCUUUCUUCUUUUCUUUCUUUCUUCUGCUUCUUUUGAGCAUAUCUGAUAUCAAAAACCCGUCGUGUGUACUUGUUUUGGAGCUUCAUUAAUGCAAAGAUGAAGUCUUUGAACACUUGAUUGAGGUUGACGUGGUUAAUGCUGUUUCUGGGGUUGGUGAAAAGCAAGGGAAGAGUAAACAACAGUAAAAAUGUUUCUGUGCCUGAUCCUAAAAGUAGAUCAUGUAUCUGCAGCCUCUUCAUGACUGUUGCUUUAAUUUUUGGUGUCUACUUCACUGGAAGUGCUUUGAUGGCUAAGGAUUUCAGGGCAUUUUCAGGUUUGACAGUGAACCAUGCACAGAAGAAUGGACAAUGCAGAAAAUGCGAGGUACCCCCGAGACAGGAAAAAGAAGAGAGUCACGUGACAGAGAAUAUGCAAAAUAAUAAAUGCCAGAAAAAAUGCAGGCCAUUAGGGAGUGAGGCACUCCCAGAAGGAAUUGUUUCUAAAACUACGAACCUGGAAAUGCGACCAUUGUGGGGAGAUGUUGAGAAGAAGUCUCCACAUUCAGUUAACUUGUUGGGGAUUGCAGUUGGAAUAAAACAAAAAGAGAUGGUGAACGAAAUUGUUAAGAAGUUUCUUGAACAUGACUUUGUUGUGAUGCUUUUUCACUAUGAUGGAGUGGUGGAUAAGUGGAAUGAUUUAGAUUGGAGUAGCCGUGUCUUACAUGUCUCUGCUAUGAACCAAACAAAAUGGUGGUUCGCGAAGAGGUUUCUACACCCAGAUAUAGUUUCUGAGUACGACUACAUUUUCUUGUGGGAUGAGGACCUAGGAGUUGAAAACUUCCAUCCAGAAAAGUACAUAUCUAUUGUUAGAGAAGAAGGGCUGGAGAUAUCACAGCCAGCACUUGAUGCUAGUAAAUCAGAGGUACAUCAUCAUAUUACUGUACGCAGAGGGAGAUCCAAGGUGCACAGGAGGUUCUACAGAUUAAAUAGAAGUGGCCAAAGGUGUGAUAACAACAGCACUGCACCUCCUUGCGUGGGGUGGGUAGAAAUGAUGGCUCCUGUAUUCUCAAAAGCUGCCUGGCGUUGUGCUUGGUAUAUGGUCCAGAAUGACCUGAUCCAUGCAUGGGGCUUGGAUAUGAAGCUCGGUUAUUGUGCGCAGGGUGAUCGUACAAGGAAAGUCGGUGUGGUUGAUGCAGAGUACAUAACUCAUUUGGCUGUCCCUUCUUUGGGUGGUAAUUCAGAUGUAGAAAUGGUAAACAAAGAAUUGGAUCAUUCACUUCAAGGGAAGAACUUAACUGAUUCUGAUCCAUUGGCCAAUCCAUCUUUUGAGAAAUUUGAUAAUAGGUCUUUGGUCAGAAGACAAUCAUAUAUAGAAAUGAAGAUUUUUCGAGAUAGAUGGCGUAAAGCUACCAAGGAAGAUCAAUGUUGGGUUGAUCCAUUUCAAAGUCAAGAAAAUGGAAGAACAGCCACAUACACAUAAUGACAUUCUCAGAAGCUGCUAUACAUUCAGUUAUCUAUACAUUUGUGUACAGAAGUUUGAUUGCCUCAAGAGUAAAUAAAUACCAUACAAGACUGAUAGAAAUUCAGACUUCAUAUUAUUUUCUUUUUUCCAUUAGCAAUAAUUUUUCUUUCUCACAUAUUUUGGACUUUCCAAUUUGCUCUAUAGAGAAUUUGUGUAUUUGUAAUUAUCAUUUUUUGUACCUAAGAAUAAUGCCAAUGUUAUGUAUAUGUUUAUGA